AUGCCUCGCAUCCUGCAUCUGCCGUUGCUCCGCAGCAGCAGCAAGGAGGAGCGCGGCGCUCCGCUAGAACGCCCAAAGACCGCCGCGGUCCUUCCUUCCGCCAUCCCCGCGUGUUCUUCCGUCGGCCCCGCGCCGAGUCACUCGUCCCUCCUCGAGCGCAAGACGUCGCUCCCCUCAUUCCUCCCGCGCAAGUCUUCUGUGGAACAGGCGCGCAAAUCCCCCUCGGAACAGCGCCCCGCAGAGCAGCGCCCGCUCCGCGAGGGUCCCCCGGCGCUGCGUCCCAAGUCCCCGCAUCACCUGGAGUGGGUGCGCCAACUGUCGCUCUGGCAGGGCGCGCAGGCGCAGCAGGGGGAAGCGCAAGCACAAGCGCACGGCGACGCGCAAGGAUGGCCCGCGGCGCAGGAGGCGGAAGUUCCUCGGAACGGACAGUUGAAGGCGUCGCAGGGGAAGGCACGCGGCGAAGCGCAGGGAUCGGCGCAAGAUGCACGGAAAGGGGGAGCGCGCAAGGACGAUGCGCGGAAGGGGCACGUGUCUCGGCGGAGGCAGUUUGUGCAGCGGAUAACGAGCCGGAGCGCGGAUGCUAACUGUCUCCCUGAGGCGCCAAUUCAAGACGUGUGGGAGGCGGCGGAAGCAGGAAGACUAGCUAAGUGGGUGGAUAAGAUGGACAGUGGCGAUGGUAAGGGGAUAGAAUUGGACGGUCGGGAUGCGCUGCAGCAGAAUGGGUUUGGUGCGGGGGCGGCGGGGCAGUCGCAUCAGGCGCAUCAGUCUGCUGGUACUGUCCCCGAUAGUGGCGUCUCCGUUAGUAGCUCAGGAUCGACAACCAACUACGACGUUACGGAUACCGCCGUCAGUGCGACGCCUGAGAGCCGAAUUACUGAGACAAGCGAAUAUGCUUCAGACGGAUCUGCUACAAACGCGGUCGCUCGGGGAGCGUGCGGCGGCGGCGCCGCCGCUGGCGUUGCGGCGGUUGUAGUACCCAGGAGUGAAAGCGCGGCCGCCGCUGUAGUAGCUAACGACGCUACAGCUGCGGCGGCUGUAGCGCGGAGUUCUAGCAGCAGCGCGCCGCGCUACAGCCGGUCGGGGGGCCAUCGGCGGAGGUUCGUGCGCGCGGCUACCGCCAGCAGCGCGUCUAUGGAGCUGCGCGGAUGGGACAGGGGGAGCGGGGAGGGGGACGGGGGAGGGGAAUGGGAAGGGGAAGGGGAAGGGGAAGGGGAAGCGGAAGCAACGGGGCGAUUAGAGGAGGGGAGGGAGAGGGGAGCAGAGGGGGAAGCAGAGGGGGAAAUGGCAACAGUCAAGGCUGCGUUUCAGGCUCGGAGGUCCCAAACCUUGUCCGGACGAGUUGUGCUUUCCUCCCCGAGCCCACCUGGUAGCUUCGACAGCACGUUUGGCAGCACCUUUUCCCGAACCGAAUCUUAUGGCAGCGACUGUAGCAGUGUGACUGUAGGGGGAGGGGGAGGGAGAGGAGGGAGAGGGGAGGCCGGGAGAGAAAGGGGAAGGGAGCACAGAUGGCGGGCUGAAGCUCAGAUUGUCUCUGGUGCUGACGUGGCUGCUGACCUGGCAGCUGCUGAGCUGGCAGCAUCAGCAGCAGGUGACACGUCAGCCGCAUCCGACUCGUCACCAGCAGACGCAGUAGCAGCAGGGAUAGUCGUUUCCGCGUUGUUCACCCGAAGGUCCCACACCAUGCGGAACCGCAUGGUACCGCUCACCACCAUGGCGGUUACCACCCCAAGAGCCCCCGGCACUGCUGCUGCUGUGGCCACUCCGGGGCGGAAGGGGGGCAGGGGGAAGGGGAGGCGGGGGGGCCGUCCGCCUACUCCGUCUGUAGUGGCCGCGGCUGUGGUUAGUCCGGGGGGAGGGGGAGGCGGAGGGGGAGGGGGAGGGGGAAGGAGAAGGGGAGGGGGAGGUGGGGGAGCCAGUCCGGGAGCAGCAGGGGGAGGUAAUGGAGUGGUGAGUCCAGGGGGAGGUAGAUCUGAUGCUGGUGCAGGGAUAAGCCCAGGGGGAGGUAGAUCUGAUGCAGGUGCAGGGGCAAGCCCAGGGGGAGGUAGAUCCAGUACGAGUGCUGCACGGGUCAGCCCAGGGGGAGGUAGAUCUGGUGCAGGUAGUUUCAAAAGACGGCCUGGUGGAGUGGUGAGCCCAGGAGGAGGCGAAACGCAGGAGGAGCUAUCCUUCGAGACGAGAGAUCCAGAGGUGCUGACUCAGCAGGUGCCGAUUCAGCAUGUGCUGAGUCAGCAGGUGCUGACUCAGCAUCCACCAGAGGUGCUGUUUAUCGAACCGCCUGCGCCACGGUCGCAGGUGGUCUUCAUGGGGAGGGCGGCGGAACGCGGGCAGGUGCUAUCUGGGGGAGGCGCAACUGGAAGGGCGCAGGUGCUAUCUCUAGAAGUGCCCUCCCCAAGUCCUUCGCCUGGUCCCAGCUGUGGGAUGGAUUGGGAGGGGAUAGAGAUUGGCGAGGAGGGGGAGGAGGAGAUUGGGGAGGAGGAGGUAAUGUUUUUGAAGGGAGGGGAGGAGGACGAGGGGGAAUAUCAGCAGGGAUUGAGAUGGGAAAGAAGAGGGUUUGAUGAGGAGGGGUGGGUUGGCGAAGAGGGAGGGGAUGGGGAAGGGGAGAGGGGGUGGAGGGGGGAAGGGUGGGAGGGAUGGAGAGGGGAGAGGGGGAUGGGCAGAGGAGAGGAAGGAGAGGAAGGAGAGGAAGAUGAGGGUGAAGAUGAAGUGGGGGAGGAGGGAGAGGAGGAGGACGAGGCGGAGUUUUGUUCGCCUACGUGGCGCGAGUGGCAUCACUCGGCGUUUAUUGAGGAGGGGGGGAUGAUGGGGGAGACGAUGGGAGAGAUGAUGGGGGAGACGAUGGGGGGGAUGAUGGAGGAGAAGAUGGGGGAGGUGGCGGAAGGCAGGGGGGUGGGGGAAGGCAUGGAGGAGGGCGAUGGAGGGGGGUCAAGGGAGGAUGCGAGGGAUGGUAAUGGCGCAAGAGAUUGCGGCGGCAGCAGCAGCGCUUGGCAGACAAGAGGGCACGAGGGCGCAUAUGUUGACGACGAGGAACAUAAAAUCAGUUCCAUGUGGAUGCAGACCGGAGGGCAAGAGGGCAGACUGGAGGGUGCAAAUGUUGACGAGGAAUAUCACCUGAUGUGCAUGGGUGGUGGUGGCGGUGGUGGUGGUGGUGGUGGUGGUGGUGGUGGUGGUGGUGGUGGCGGUGGUGGUGGUGGUGGUGGUGGUGGUGGUGGUGGUGGUGGUGGUGGCGGUGGCGGUGGUGGUGGUGGUGGUGGUGGUGGCGGUGGUGGUGGUGGUGGUGGUGGUGGUGGUGGUGGUGGUGGUGGUGGUGGUGGCGGUGGCGGUGGUGGUGGUGGUGGUGGUGGUGGUGGCGGUGGCGGUGGUGGUGGUGGUGGUGGUGGUGGUGGUGGCGGUGGUGGCGGUGGUGGUGGUGGCGGUGGUGGUGGUGGUGGUGGUGGUGGUGGCGGUGGCGGUGGUGGUGGUGGUGGUGGUGGCGGUGGUGGCGGUGGUGGCGGUGGUGGUGGUGGUGGUGGUGGUGGUGGUGGUGGUGGUGGCGGUGGUGGCGGUGGUGGUGGUGGCGGUGGUGGUGGUGGUGGUGGUGGUGGUGGUGGUGGUGGUGGUGGUGGUGGUGGUGGCGGUGGUGGUGGUGGUGGUGGUGGUGGCGGUGGUGGUGGCGGUGGUGGCGGUGGUGGUGGUGGUGGUGGCGGUGGUGGUGGUGGUGGUGGCGGUGGUGGUGGCGGUGGCGGUGGCGGUGGUGGUGGUGGUGGUGGUGGCGGUGGUGGUGGUGGUGGUGGUGGUGGUGGUGGUGGUGGUGGUGGUGGUGGUGGCGGUGGCGGUGGUGGUGGUGGUGGUGGUGGUGGUGGUGGUGGCGGUGGCGGUGGUGGUGGUGGUGGUGGUGGUGGUGGUGGCGGUGGUGGCGGUGGUGGUGGUGGCGGUGGUGGUGGUGGUGGUGGUGGUGGUGGCGGUGGCGGUGGUGGUGGUGGUGGUGGUGGCGGUGGUGGCGGUGGUGGCGGUGGUGGUGGUGGUGGUGGUGGUGGUGGCGGUGGUGGUGGUGGUGGUGGUGGUGGCGGUGGUGGUGGUGGUGGUGGUGGUGGUGGCGGUGGUGGUGGUGGUGGCGGCGGCGGUGGUGGUGGUGGUGGUGGUGGUGGUGGUGGUGGUGGCGGUGGUGGUUAUCGUGGGUGGGCCCCCUAUCCGCUUGAGAAAGCAGCGGCUCCCCCCAUCCCUCACCCCCUUUUUCCCUUUCCUCCCCCUGUUAACCCUCUUCACCUCUCCCUACCCCGGUCUCCUUCCCCCAACCUCUUCAAAAUCAUCCUCAGGCCCCUAUUUGCUGGACGCUCCCCGCAUCCUCCUCUCGUCCCAACCCCCUUUCCCCACUUCCCCCCCCUCCCUUCCCCUACCCCCCCUAAUUAUCCCCUGCAGGCCCCUAACCGCUGGAAGCAGCGCCUCUCCCCGUCCUCUCCCGUUCCCCCCUUCUCCCCACUCUUCCCCCGCUCCUUCAACCCCCUUCACCCCCUCUCCCCACAAACCCUGCUCUGGGCCCUAACCGCUGGAAGCAGCGCCUCUCCCUUUCCCUUUCCCAUUCCAGCCCUCUUUCCGCCACUCCCCCCCCCUUCUCUCGCCCUCAUUCUCUCCGCUUCCCCCCAAACACCCCCCUGCAGGCCCUCAACUGCUGGAAGCAGUGCCUCCCCCCUUCCAGCUUCCGACAGGCUUCCGCCCCGCUCUCCCCUCCUCCCGCCUUUCCCCCAAUCCCCCUUCCACCCCCUCCCUCAAUCUUUCCUUGCAUGCCCCUAUCUGCUGGGAGCAACGCCUCCCCCCUUCCAGCAACCCACAGGCCCCUAUCCGCUGGAAGCACCGCCUCCCCCCUUCCAGCUUCCCACAGGCUCCCACAUCAAUAUACCUCCCCCCCUCCCCCCCCCCCCCCCCCCCCUCCCCCCCCCCCCCCCCCCUCCCUUCCAAUCCCCCUCCCUCUUUCCCCCCGAAAACCCCUCUGCAGGCCCCUAA